GGUGAUGAAUUGUUCGUAUACCCUCUAAUUAUUUUUAAGAAGGUUUUGAAUAUCUUUGAGUUGUAGGAUUGUUUAGUUGAUUAAUGGUAGGCUGGCCAUCAAAGCAAGGCCUGUUUGAGCGAAGCGAGCAGCAGUCUCUUAGAGGAGGUCGGCAACUUCUUUGAAGAAGACAGCAACAUUGACAAAAUUCUCAAGUUUCGCGACACAUUGUAGUUCCCAAGCUCUUCAAGCCCUUCGUACGUCCUAGCAAAUUUUGGUCCUUCCAGGACUUACACAGCCCAGCGCUACCAUCUCAUGAUCUCCAAUAUGGACACACACGAAGCGUCAGAGUCGAAUGAUGUUAUCGUCAUUCAAGACAUCCCCGCUGGAAUCAUCUUCGGUUAUGAUGCUAGAAGCUAUCCAAUACUCAAAAAGGCCAUAUACGGAGGUAUCAGACAGGUUCCCAAGGGUGUACACUUCGUCUGGGCUGGCUCUAGCCACAAUUCUUUGAGAACUGGAUUCUGGUUAAUGACUUCUGAAGAACGUAAUUGGCUUUUCGCCAAGAGAUGGGACCCUGAGCAAGAAGUCCUAAUUAAUAACGAUAAAUUGAAACAAAGUAGUCUUGUUGUCCCAGAAUUCUUUCUUGGGCUUCACCCUUACCACGAAACGCCUACUGGAGCCAGUGGCGGUUCGGAUAUUUUAUCUAGACUGCCAAAUAUAUGGUACAAUCUUACAUCUUCGAUCAACGGCGUUAUGCUGUCGAGAAUCACUAGCAACUCGACAGUAAACAAUUGGUAUGUGUCAACUACACAUGAGUAUACGGAGAAGCGCGAGACACAACAAGCCGGAUUCUCCAUUUCUGAAAAAGAUGAAGUCCUUAGCUUCAUCUUUCCAAAAGAAACCAGGACAUACACUCAGGAUGCUAUCGGCCGAGAACGAACAAAGCAAGCCAUGGACACCAGCAACCAUGUCACAACUAUCAUCAAUGAUGUUUGUGACUCUGGAGACUACACAGAGAUUGUUGGUGAAUUACAGUUCUGUUACAUCACGGGCAUGAUCUUAGGCAACGUUGCUUGCAUGGAGCAUUGGAUUCACGUCGUCAAGAUCGUGUUUAGGGCUUUCAAACUAACCUUGGACUCACCCAUCUUCUUCAAGAAGUUCAUUGAAGCCAUACAUACCCAAUUUCUUUUUGAUGAUGUUGGAAUCGAUGGCAGCAUCUUCGACUUCGACAACAGCCUCGCUCAAGAUUUGAAAAUCAUUCUCAUCAAGUUCAAGUCCGAGUUUGACCAACUGGUUGCAUUGCAACAGAAUCUCACUGAUGACCAGAAGGCCGUUUGCAAAGGUUUCGAGGAGUUCGAGCAAUCUCUCUUGACUUUCCAUAAUGGAUGGAAUUUACAAGCAAACUACGUCCGGUCCGGAAGAAUUCAAAUGGAAGACGGAGAGUAUGUCGACGCAGAAAUGACAGAUUUUCAAGCGGAAGAUGAGAGAGGCGAAUUCGCACCGGCCGUUGUGGAGUUGGAUGAUGAUGGCCGUGAGAAAGGGCUCAUCAGCUUCUAGCAUACUUGAGAAAUCUCGGGGUGUUCUUGAUUGUGGUUGAGCAGGGUUAGAUCUACAACCUGAGUAGACAGGUCAGAUUGGAAUUGGGUCCAUAACAGCAAGAUCGUUCCCGACUCAUGAUACCCAUGAAGACAGACAUAAUGAGUCAAUAUGAAGCAUAUUUUCUGAGGUUUGGCUAGGUAGUGUUUUCACUAAGAAGCGAAGCAUGUACGGCGUUUUCGAGUCAAAAAAUUGGGAAUGGCGUCACAGAUGUACUUCUUUAACCUUGUCACGGAAAUGAAGCAUGGCAGAAAGUCAAAAACAG